UAGGAGUGUGUGUGUGUGUGAGAGAGAGAGAGAGAGAGAGAGAGAGAGCGAGAGAGAGAGAGACGAGUUCCUGAAAUCACUCCAGACUUGAUAAGGAAGUUGUUGAUGCAAAGAGAAAGAACUCAACAAGCCAUGGAGAGUCCUGCGACUGUUGAUCACUACAAGGCCGGCAUGGUGCUGAGCGGCGUGGGUGAUGCUCUCGGCUUCCGGUGGGAAUUUAUAUAUUCUGGACCACAUAUCCAACAGGAAGUUCAGAAUCUUGGAGGAGUGAAGAAAAUCUCUGUUAGCCUUCCUAAUUGGCCAGUCAGUGAUGACACAGUGCUUCACUUGGCGACCGCUGAAGCUUUAACCACAGGUAAGGAAGGUGAGGAACUGCUGCAUGAGGUGGCUGUCCAUUACAUAAAGGGUAUGAAGGACAUGUCUAGGAGGGCUCCAGGAAUGACGACCAUCCGUGGUGUGGAUCAAUUAAAGCCAGGAGCUCAAGGAGGCUACAGAAUUGCUUAUGACCGAUCAAGUGGAGGAUGUGGUGCUGCCAUGAGGGCUAUGUGCAUUGGUCUGAGAUACCCUCGACCAGAGCAGCUCUCCUCAUUGGUCGCAGUUGCUGUGGAGACUGGGAGAAUGACACACACUCAUCCAACCGGAUUCCUUGGGGGUGUGGCUUCUGCACUGUUUGCAGCCUAUGCCAUCCAGCGCCGUCCAAUUACAACCUGGGGGCUGGGCUUAGUGAAGGAGGCUUGUCCAAUAGCGAAGGAGUUUGUGAGGUCAGCAGGAUACGCCGUUCCCGAGACGGAGAGAGACUGGGGGUACUUUACUGAGAAAUGGGAAAAGUAUCUUGAGUUGAGGGGUUUGUCAUCAGGAACUGGUCCAGUGGUCUUUCCUAAGCAAUACGGACCUUCUGAACGCGACGAGGCAUACAAAAGCUUCAGUUGGUCUGGAUGGGGAGGGAGCAGUGGUCACGACGCACCGAUGAUAGCUCUGGAUGCCCUCCUGGGGGCGGGGUCAAACUGGGAGGAGCUAAUGAGCCGAGCUGGAUUCCACGGAGGAGACAGCGACAGCACGGCAGUCAUAGCGUGUUGUUGUUGGGGUUUGAUGUACGGGAUGGAGGGAGUGCCCAAGUGUAACUACACCAACCUGGAGUACAGGGACCGGCUGGAGAACAGUGCUGAGAAACUUUACACACUGUCACACUGAAUUCAGCACGUCAGCAUCUCAUGUGGAUAAAUUACAAAAACACGCCUACUCCUACUCCAAAAGCCUGUUACUGCAGUGAAUCAAGGAUGACUUGCUAAAUCAGGGUAAAUAAAUUUUACCCUGAUUAGAUUGGACUAUAUCAUUUACAUUAUAAUAGGGGCCCCUGAAAUAUAAUGAGGAAUUAUACAGGUAAAUGCAGCAAGACCUUGUUUAAAAAUUGUAUUCAAAUCAAAUUUACCUUAAAAUCUGAUUUAAGCACACAACUGGACCUUACAUUCCACUCUUGUACCUUAAAUUAGCUUUUAGGGUAAUACGCUAAGGGUCCUCUACAUACCUCUUUCCAGGUAAAACAUACUUACUCUACACAUUAAAGGUGCACAAGAUAUACUUGAGGAUAUGCUUGUUAAUGUUAAAUAAAAUUGAAUAAAAACAUGCAAGAAAAAUAUACAAUCCAUUCCACAAUAAGUUGGGACGAUGUAAAUAAAAACAGAAUGCAAUGAUUUUUUGCACAUCUCAUAAACCCAUAUGUUAUUCACAAAAGAACAUAGAAAACAUCAAAUGUAUAAACUUGAGUAAAUGUACCAUUUUAAGAAAAAAUAUAUAAGGUAAUAUUGAAUUUGAUGGCCACAACACGUCUCGAAAAAGUCAUGACGGGGCAACAAUAGAUAAUUGUAAAAAUUGGUUUUUAAAAAACAGCUGGAGAACAGUGCUGAGACACUUUACACACUAUCACACUGAAUUCAGUGUGUCAUCAUCUCACAUGGAUACGUGAUAAGUACAAUUUUACGUCUAAGAAAAGUAAAUUGAAGGAAGACAACUCCAGAAUUUGUGGCACUAUUCAUUAGAAUGAACAAAAGUUAAUAGCAUUUUACAAUAAACAUAUAGGGAUGCUGUUCAUUCUUUCAUUUCUUUGU